AUGUUUACGGGAGGUUCUUUCUCAAAAGUGUUCCUGUAUGCUUUGACAAAUUGUUUCUUUCCCAGUCACCGGUACUACGCCAUCAUGUACCCGCUGAGCUUCCGUUGGACGCGGAAGCGCGGUCCGCACAUCAUCCUCAUCAUCUGGGUGGUGGCAGGCCUCUUGUCCAGCGUCCAGUUCGUCCACGGCAGAGCCACAGAGUUCACCUGGGCGGGGGGCACUUACUACGACUGCAACGAGAACUGGGAAGAGAGCUCGGGAAAGGUCUACACGGCGGUGAUCUUCACGGUGACCUUCAUGACGCCCAUGCUGGCGCUCACGUUCACCUACACGUCCAUCGGCUGGAAAAUGUGGAGGCACACGUCUCCGGGCAAUGCGGACGUGCAGAGAGAUCAGCAGCAGUUCUCCGCCAAGAUGAAGGUGGUAAAGAUGCUGGCCACGGUGGUGCUCAUGUUUGCCGUCUGCUGGCUGCCCAUUCACCUGAUGAACCUGAUCCUGUACUUCGACCGCGACGCCAUCUCUCCGGACACGGACGAGCAGGAGUACCUGUAUAUCGCCGCCUUCUUCAGCUGCCACUGGUUCUCCAUGGCCAACAGCUUCGUCAACCCCAUUAUCUACUGCUUCAUGAGCGACAACUUUAGGGUAGAUCUUCGGCAGCUGGCUCUCGGUUGCUGCCCGACGCUCGCAGCGAAGGCCGGGCGAGCUCUGAACAAGCGCAGCUCGUACGGGGGCGGCUCCCUACGCAGCAGCACCGUUAUCGUGUCGAGCGCCGGAGGGGGCGCCUCCAGCCUCCACCAGAACCACCAGCGCUGCAACGGCUUCUCGUCCGUCAAGUCGCCCACUUCCGUGGUGGCGCUCAAGACCCUCGGCAGCUGCGUCGUGGACCAGACGCCCGUUCGCUUCUCUGUGUACGAGUGAGAACCCGUUCACACGAGCGGCGAGGCCAGCGUUUGGCGGCGCA